AUGGCAUGUAGAAAAUUAAGAAGAAUACUCAGCGCAAGACACAUAAGGUUUGCAGUGAUAGCCACUACUGUAUUGUUAAUCAUUCUUUUCGCUUACUAUUGGGUCCGUUCGUCAACAUCUACAAGAUACCUAAAGUUACAAAGACAAAUUACAAAUAAACCGUACAAACUCAUCCGAGUGACGAACAUACCGCUAAAGCAUGUGCCCCUGAAUGAGAUAUACGAUUAUACGUCUGAAGAUGACCGUUCGAUAGACUUCGAUGACCGACGGCAAAAAUUCAUGGUCGAUACUCCUGGUUGCCAAAUUCCUAUAGCAAUGGUCCGUUACGCCACAAUUCUGCCUAAGAACGAUGUAUUGUGCGGCAGGCGAGCGGUGUUUCUAAGUAAACAGGACGAUCAAAGCGUGCGGGUCCGAAUCAAAUCAAGGGUCAUGAAGCUUUAUCUUAAGACUUCAAAGUUCUAUUGCUGCCACCGCUUCAUCAAGAGAUCAUCUACCAAGGGCCGGGAACAUUUAGACGUUGAAUACACAAAUUGUAAAGAAAUUCAGGAUGGUGAAACGAUUGAACUGGUCACAGAUUUUGUAAAUGUAAAAUGUUUUGAAUUUGACAAACAAAAUAGAACCGCAGUUAUUUACAGCGAUGUUUAUGCGUUUGCUAAAAGAAUUGAUGCUGCCCGAGAUGUGAGAAAUACCCGUGAUAAAACAAAAUACAAUGUCCUGAUGCUUGGAAUGGAUUCCAUGUCACUAUCGCGGUUCGCACAGACAAUGCCCCGAACUAUUGGUUUCUUCCAAGAUAAUUUUUGGUUAGGUUUUAGAGGAUAUCAUAAGGUAGAGGAAUCAAAUUUCCCAAAUUUUAUGGUGGCGUUCACUGGCAAGAACUAUUCAACAAUAUCUAAAUUAUGCUCCAAGAAGAUGGACAAAUGCAACAAACUUCUGAUUUGGAGUAAAUUCAAGGAAUCUGGAUAUGUCACAGCUUAUGGAGAGGAUUACCUGCAUUUACCAGAUACGUUUAAAAAGCCUUUCGCGUUUCAUCGCCCGCCCACUGAUCACUACCUUAGGACCUUUUUCCUUCACGGUGAAACUAUACACUACAAACGAAAUUACUCUAUUGUGUGCAACGAAAAGGCACCUUCUGGACAGCAUUUAUUAGAUUUUGCGGUGGAUUUUGCCACCACUUACAGACGAUCCUCAUUCUUCGGUGUAUUUCGAAUGAAUUCCUACAGCCACGACCCGCUGCAGCAUCCUCAAUAUGCGGAUAAAAUGUUCGAAAACUUCUUUAAUCAGCUGUCUUACACAGGAGUCUUGGAAAACACAUUUGUAAUAUUUUUCAGCGACCAUGGACCUAGGUUUGGUAAAUAUCGUUUGCAUGGGGAAUCCUACUAUGAGGAUAGAAUGCCAGCGCUUUUCAUGUGGGUACCAAGCAGAUUUAAGGGACAGCAAUCACUGCUCUACAGGUCAUCCGUUGCAAACGAAUUUAAGUUGCUCACUCCAUAUGAUUUGUAUAAUACGUUAGUUGCAAUUCACGGCAUAUCCCAUUCAUUCAAUUACACUGGGGAUUUUUCUGAAGGUUGCCCAAAAUGCCGUAGUAUUUUCAAUGUUGUUAGCCUAAACCGUACUUGCGAUGACGUCGGUAUCCAUAUGAAGUGGUGUAGCUGCCAUAGGUUAUAUCCCCUUGAGGUUCAUGACUCCGAGGGCAUUAAGAGCGUUCUUCAUGCAGUGAAAGAAAUAAAGAUAAUGGUUCAGAACUUCAGAACUAAACCGUGUUGGUCGUGCCAAAAUGUAAAUCUUCAAAAGAUUUUGAGGAUUCACUUUUAUUAUAGUCACUUUACUUUAUAUUACGUGACAGCAUUUUCUUUGACGCCUGGUAACAUCACAGUGGAGGCUACCGUGUCUCGGAAGGACACGACCAUGGAAAUGGUAGGGACGGUUAGCGUGAUCGAAUCUCACAAAAGUGCAGCUAACUGCACCAUUAACGUUACGGAUAGAACUUUUUGUACUUGUCGUAAGAAAGCUGAAUGUACUUAA